AUGAAAUCUGUUUAUUUGCUUAUCCUCUUAGUCGCCUUGGUCUUCGACUACACGUCAGCUAAUGCCAUACCUCUUGAAAAAAGAAAUACCAAACCACCAUGUUGCCCCAUUUCCAAUUGUGUUUUUAAAGCAGGCGAUAAUCCUUUGCAAGUGCCCGGAUUCGCUGGCAACACGUUUAACGGAUCCCUUACGUUUAUGCAAUCGCCUGUAGACACUUUACAAAUCGUUGGCUGGCUUAAUGUUCUGAAUGCACCAAGCGGACCAGCUGGCAAUAAUUUCGAUAUUCACGUAGGUAAUUGCAGAACAGCCACUAACAGGACGCCAGGAGACCCCCAUGCCGUCAUUGACUUGGACUCUCAAGGUUUUGAUACGCCAAUCCUCACAUCGAAAAAACUGCCAAUCAGCGCCAUCGCAAAUCAAUGCUGCUUUGUUGUAAAUGAGACUAAAACGACUCCUCCCACUCCCGAGCAAUUACUUGGAGUUGUACCAGUAACAACUGUUUUAAGCUGUAUCUAA